AAGCGGCGGCUUCAGUCGCUCGCGAACUUCCACCGUGAAAGCUUCUCCCCGUGUGCUCGUCCGCUUCUGAUCAGUGUCUCGGACAUAGAGAAAUCGAGAACGCGCCAACACAGAAAAAAAAAGAUUAAAAUUAUCGUGAUCGAGAAUCGUUUAGGUCGUGAAUUUUUAUGAAAAUUUCGUUCGAAUUGACAAAGACAUCAAGUGGAUCUUGAUGAGUGAAUCAAUGUGUAACUUGUGAACGAGGAUGAGGACGAUUCUGUUUGCACCGUUUUGCUUGUUCAUCGACGAAUUCGGCGAAUAAAUCAACGACAGAGCAGGUGGAAACCAUGCGGAGGUGUUUGCUUCUGGUUCUUUGUGCCGCAGGCAUAUCAGCAGUAGUGGCACAGCCGUACAAUAACAGUAUCAAUCCAGCAGCCACGAACAGGCUCAGAGUCGGCCGACAAAAUGAAAUCAUAAGGCGGUACAUGUGCCCUAUAGGAUUCUUCCGAUUGAAAAGAUAUUGCUAUUACUUAAGCGGAGGUACGGCACCUUGGAGAGAAGCCUAUUUUCACUGCAAAGAUAGAAACGCUACUCUAGCGAUUCUCGAUAGAAAUGGUAAAGAUCGAAUGCUAAGGAAAUACUUGUCGAGCGAUCAAUUCACGAAAUUAGAGAGAUGGAUCGGUGGAAUAUACAAUUGGCAGCAAAUGGCUUGGGAAUGGGGAGUGACCGGGGAGAAAGUGGUGUUCCAAAAUUUUGGUUUACCUCAAUCUAACCACUCUAAACAACAAUAUGCAUGGCACUGCAUCACGAUCGAUCCCACGUUAAGGUAUAAAUGGAGCCCACGAAGUUGCGUCGAACGAAAACACUACGUGUGCGAAGUACCAGCUGGACGUAUAGUUAGAAGACGUAAAAAAACGAUAGAUCCAUACGCACCGCAAAACCAAAGAUUGAAACCUCGAAAGAAGAGCAAGAAAUACUCUAAAGAACAGAAGAAAUCAAACAGGCAGAAUAAAAGACGAAGUGGAUGGAGAAAGAAGCACGCGGAACAAUAUUCAGAUUGGGCACAUGGUGUGAAUGUAGGUUCAAGGCCACCUAGCGUUAAAGUAUUGUACCCGAGAACAAGAAUGCGACAUCACUCGAACAGAACUCAACUGAAUUACCCACUAGUGGCACAGAUCUUGCCUCAAGGACGAGAAUACAGUGCAUUCGCACCUGAUACGCCCAGUAACGGUCCACAAAGUCUAACAGCCAUAAACAACAUUUUGCCACAAAUCCCUAACAAAAUGGACAACCUAGCGAGCGAAGAAGUUAUUUUAAAGCCAUAAACAAAACGCUACUUAUUUUAACUCUUUAUUUGGUUGCUUUAAUCAUCGAUCAUUAUUCUUCUAAAAGAUCAUUUUGUAUCUAUGUUUCACACACUUUCUUCCAUUCUGCAUUUUGCUAGAAAUUUAAUUAAUCGAGGCUUUCAUUCAGCCAAAUAAAGAGUUAUAAUUUUCGUUUCGUUUCGUUUCGAAUUUGUGGAUGAUGAAGUUAUUUAGGCGCUACUAAAGUCGAGCAUAGACUGAGAUAUAAUUUAUUCGGCUCAAAACAGUCUCUUCUUAUGUUCCUCUCUUUCUAAAUAGACGUUAGAUUCUUGAAGAUGUACUUGUCUAGUUAAUAACGUUACCUCGAAUCGGUAGAGUAAUAACUUCAAUGUUCGUGUAUCGCGUACGAUGUGUGUUUAGAUUUCAUUUUGUAUUUUUUUAUUUAAUUAAUCUGCAUGAAACGCGGAUCGUCCAUUAGCGAACUAUAUUUGCAAUGUUAGUUUUUGCUUGUCGCUAAGUAUUACGGCAUUCGAAGGCAUUUAUACGUAGAAACAAAUUAUAAAAUGCAAAACUACAAUGAAAUACAAGAUAGAAUUAUCUAAUUGCAAAUGUACUUUUUCAAAAAUUUGUUUUAAUUAAAAUAAUAACUCGUUGUAGAAAAAUUAUUUAUUCGCUAUUUUUUAAUUUAUUUUUCAUUAUUAAAAAAUGAUUCUUAAAGAAAUAAGUUCUAAAAUAUUUCUUGGAUGAAUGCCUUCGGUUCAUUGUAGCGCGAGAAAGCACUUUAAAACUAUGGAUUUAGUUUUCGCGCUAACUAAAUGUUUAAAACCAUAGUGCAAUCAUAGCAGCAGAUAAUAUAUCACAAAUAGUCAAACUGCUUAAAUAUCGAUAAUUGUAUGUUGACUAUACCUAAAUUUUCAAACAUACGUAUAUCACUACCAAUGGAUAAUGCACUGACUGCGUAUCAAUGUUACUCAAAAAAUAUCAGAAAAAAAUAUAUAUGCAUAUAAUAUUUGAUGUUUAUCUAGAACGCAUUAUUUAGUAUAUGUUAUCAGUAUAUAUCGAUAUAAAUUUCCCAAGACUUUUAUUUUUUAUGCUUUAAUUUAAUGAUAUUGUAUAUACAUAUAAGUACCGAUAGAAUAAAACCUUUUUACGGCCGGAACGUUUCAGGAUUUAUAAGUUGAUAAAAAAGAUUAUACGUUUAAUUAUAAGCUAAGUGAUUCGAGAAAUAUUGUGUGAUGUACUUAAACAUUUAUAUUUACGUGCAUUGCAUUCUUAUUUACAUAUUAAUCUGUAUUCGUACAAUGUCACUUCAAAAUACUUGUAACUCCACUAUUAAUUCGUGAAGAAUUAAGUUUUGUUUACAAAAUACCCAAAUUAUUGAAACAUAUCUUCUACAUUUAACAUGAUGUACAUUACGUCAAUAAAGAUUCUAUGUCAAAUCAUCA